UUGUAAAAUUAAUAAAACGUCGUUCCUGAAAAAUGUUGUGCAUUUGAAGCCGGAAUGCCAUUUCUGCGGCUGCUCCGACCACCCACGGCUGAGCUCUCCGACAAGAAGAGAAGAGAAGAGAAGAAAGAGAAGGAGCAAAGACAACGAAGCGUCUCUGACAAUGGAAAUGGAAAUCAUAGACUUUACAAGAAAAUUUAUUAAAUUAUCUCCAUUUUUGCUCUGCACGGGUAUAUGAAUAGCCUGAUUAUUCUAUUUCUUUUUUCCAUUUUUCAUGAUUUGGAUCUUGGAAGCGACGGCCUCAACUUUUGCUACUCCACCAUUUUUGGUUCCUCGCUCGAGAUCAUUCUUCUCUGAGAGUGCAUAUUGGUAGAUAGCAAUCAGAAUGCAAGUCGUUUAGAAAUAUAGCUGCUGUACAUUUUGUUGAAGAUGAAGACAACUCAGGCAUGGUGUCCUAGUGAGAUGCAGAUUUUGCCUGGGCCUCGCCAUCGUACUCAUAUGAAAAAGCCUUUAUGGAUUAUCAUCUUGGUUUCCUUCAUCAUUGUUUUCCUUAUCUGUGCAUACAUGUAUCCGCCUCAAAGUAGUGGUGCCUGUUACAUUUUUUCUUCUAGAGGUUGUAAGGUCAUUGCGGACUGGCUUCCGCCUGCUCCUGCUAGAGAACUUACUGAUGAAGAGGUUGCUUCUCAUGUUGUUAUUCGAGAAAUUUUGAAUUCACCUAUUGUACUAUCACAAACUCCAAAGAUAGCAUUUAUGUUUUUGACUCCUGGGUCUUUGCCGUUUGAGAAGCUGUGGGACAAAUUUUUCAAUGGUCAUGAAGGCAAAUUCACUGUUUAUGUCCAUGCAUCUAAGGAGAAACCAACUCAUAUCAGCAGCCACUUCUUGAAUCGGGAUAUUCAUAGUGAUCAGGUAGUAUGGGGUAAAAUUACCAUGGUUGAUGCGGAGAGAAGAUUGUUGGCAAAUGCUCUACAAGAUCCAGAUAAUCACCAUUUUGUUUUACUUUCUGAUAGUUGUGUGCCUUUGUAUAGUUUUGACUAUAUCUACAAGUAUCUGAUGCAUUCAAAUAUAAGUUUUGUAGACUGGUAUUCAGAGCACAUGUUACCGGAAGUGGAGGAGAAACACUUUAGAAAAGGUGCACAGUGGUUCACAAUGAAAAGGCAGCAUGCUUUAAUAGUUUUGGCUGACAAUCUUUAUUACUCCAAAUUUCGCGAUUACUGCCGGCCAGGUUUAGAAGGGCACAACUGCAUAGCGGAUGAGCACUACUUGCCGACCUUUUUCAAUAUGAUUGAUCCAACUGGAAUUGCAAAUUGGUCAGUAACACAUGUUGAUUGGUCUGAAAGAAAGUGGCAUCCAAAAUCGUAUAGAGCUGAGGAUAUUACCUAUGAGCUUUUGCAGAAUAUUACGUCAAUUGAUGUGAGUGUGCAUGUAACGAGUGACGAGAAGAAAGAAGUACAAAGGUGGCCUUGCUUGUGGAAUGGUUUACAACGGCCAUGUUACCUGUUUGCAAGAAAAUUCUAUCCCCAAGCUUUGGAUAAGUUGCUGUAUCUUUUCUCCAACUAUACAACAAUUUGAGUUAGGUUUUUAUGUUUACAUUUAUUUUUGACGUUUCAUAUUCUUUUGUUGCAUCAAUAACUUCACAGUUUUUUUGUUCAAUCUGGUCUUUUAUUCAGUUCUAGGUUGUAAAUUCCUGGCCUUGGGGAGGUUUGAAUGUGACCAACCAUAUUCUUAAGUGCAACUAGCUGCUUGACGAGUGCCUAUGGUAAUCUGAGAUUGAAGGAAGCUAACAUGUUGGUGUUGCUUCCUUGGGGAUGGCAAUAGUAUCUAUAUUUUACUUUAUUUUUUUUAGGGUUUUUAUUUUUUUAGAACAGAAGAACAGACGAUUCUGAAGGAAGAAUAUUUCCUCAGAUCUUGUAGUAAUAUUUUGUAAACAUGAGGAUCUGGAUUUGCAUCUUGCAAUUUUUUACAAAUAUAUUAUAUUUUAAGUUUCAAAGUAUCCAUUUCUGUGCGGCACUUCUAUUAGAAAGCACUGCAAACAGGUGGAACACAGAGGUCAAUUUAUCUCAAAAGGUUUGGAAAUGGAAUAAUUGCAUUACUCAAUCUGUUUAUUUGUGAGAUGUCCAGAACAUUUUCCUGCUCUGCUUCUAGUUCAUUAGAAACCAACUUCAGGGCUCGUCAGGUGCUAUAGGAAGAUGCUAUCCUUUUAAUUCCAAAGUCAACCAACGUUAUCCAUAAUCUCGUCCAUGGCGUUCACGACAAAGCCUUCACGUUUGGCUACCAAGCUGAUCCACCGCAACUCGUAUCUACAUCCACUCUAUGACCCAACUGAGACAAUUGAGGAUCGAUCAAAGAGAGAGGAGACAAGCUCAAUCGAACGCUUUGCUUAUCUUGAGUCAAAGAUUAAAGAAUUGAAGUCUGUUGGUAAUGAGGCUCGAUCAAGUCUCAUCCCUUUCAAUCAAGGUAGCGGGUUUCUUGUUAAUUUGUCGAUCGGUUCGCCACCCGUGACACAGCUCGUAGUGGCUGACACUGGUAGCUCCCUCCUGUGGGUGCAAUGUUUGCCUUGUAUCGACUGUUUUAGGCAAUCGAACUCAUGGUUUGAUCCUUUAAAAUCAACAAGCUUCAAAAUAUUGGGUUGUGGGUUUGCUGGGUAUAACUACAUUAGUGGUUACAGAUGCAAUGGUUUUAAUCAAGCCGAGUAUAAGUUGAGGUACCUUGGUGGGGAUACCUCUCAAGGAGUUCUCGCUAAGGAAUCACUUCUCUUUGAGACACUUGAUGAAGGUAAAAUAAAAAAGACCAAUUUAACAUUUGGGUGUGGUCAUAUGAACUCCAAAACCAACAAUGACGAUACCUACAAUGGCGUAUUUGGACUUGGCGCAUAUCCUUACAUAACAAUGGCCACUCAGUUAGGCAACAAAUUUUCCUAUUGCAUUGGCGAUAUCAACAAUCCUGUCUACACUCACAAUCACCUCGUCUUAGGGGAAGGAUCUUACAUUGAAGGCGAUUCCACCCCUCUUCAGAUUCACUUCGGCCAUUAUUAUGUCACUUUACAAGGCAUCAGUGUUGGCUCAAAGAGGCUCAAAAUUGACCCAAAAGCUUUUCAAAUGACUUGGGAUGGUAGGGGCGGAGUUCUAAUCGACUCUGGAAUGACUUACACUAAGCUUGCUAAUGGUGGGUUUGAAUUACUUUAUGAUGAGAUUCUUGAUUUGAUGACGGGCUUAUUGGAACGAAUCCCAACUGAGAGGAAAUUUGAAGGGCUUUGUUUUAAGGGAGUUGUGAGUCGAGAUCUGAUUGGGUUUCCGACGGUGACGUUUCAUUUCGCCGGCGGGGCUGAUUUGGUGUUGGAAUCGGGAAGUUUGUUCCGGCAGCAUGGUGGGGAUCGGUUCUGUUUGGCUAUCUUGCCGAGUAAUUCUGAGAUGUUGAAUCUUUCUGUGAUUGGGAUUUUAGCUCAACAGAACUAUAAUGUGGCUUUUGAUCUUGAACAAAUGAAAGUGUUCUUCCGGAGGAUUGAUUGUCAA